CUUCACUCUCCCCAGCGGAGUCGUCUUCAGCUAAACCGACAGCGGCAUCCCCACGUCCAACGAGACAAACUAUGUCACGCUGGUGCUCAUUCAUGGGAUCAUGUUCAACAACGGGACCUUCCAGUCUUUGGCAGCACUCGGACCCUCCAAUGGCGUCCGCGUCAUUGCCCCGAACCGCCGAGAUUACGACGGGUCAACUCCGUUCCCGGACAUGUCAGAGUUGCUCGUGAACGGAAGCGAAGCGGAGAAGGAGGCAUUUAUUGCGGAGAUGGGUCGGGACUUUGCGCUGCUGAUCGCGGGGCUUGUCGAAUCGCUUUCUCUUCCGGGUGGAGUGGCUGUGGCUGGAUGGUCGCUGGGAUCUCUGGUCCUCAUGGCCGUCGUCGCGUCGAUGGAAAGCUUACCUGAAGAUACGCGCCGGACGCUAAGUAGCUCUGUGCGAAGCGUCAUCGUCUAUCAGCCCCCCACCGUCGUGUUUGGUAUCCCGAACCCGGAAGGGAUGUACGUCCUACCGGCGGAUUCCACCCUCUCUCAGACCGAGACGGGACCGUUCUUAGCGCGUUGGCUGUCGAGCUUCUUCAUGCAUGGUGACCUCUCGACCCGCGAUCUGCGAAAUCUGACCUACUCUCGCACUGACCCGAAUCGGCCGCCCACCAUCGAGACUAUCCCAAUGGGCGGCAUACUAGACUUGACGGCGGGUGCCAAGGCCGACGCGGUGAUCGUCUCUCCGAGUUUCGCCGCUGCCAUGGGGAAAUUGACUGACAAAGCGCUGUUUGACACAUACGUGCGCGGUCAGCUAUGGAAAGACAGCAAGUUCUAUCUCGUGACUAGCUCCAUGGAUAGCUGGAACUCUAUCUACGCCGGGUGGAAGAUUGAGGAGCGGAGUUUCGCGGAGGCGAAGCCUGAGUGCGAGAUCGCCUUUGAGUUGGUGGAAGACGCCAAUCACUUCUUCGUAAUGGAAGAGCCGCAGAAGGCACUGGACUGUUUCAAGCAGUGGUUUGGCCGUUAGCUUAACUUCAUUCUGUCCGAUUGUGGAGCAAAUAUCAUCCCCCGAGCUCCAGUCGUGAGGGCGAUACUGCCCAGCCUCCUCUAAUCCAAUUGCUGCUCUGAUGCAAUGACUUUACUGCAGCGUUGUUGUUGAUAGAUAGAACUACUUGAUAUCGCUCUUUCUUUAUCUCAGCAUCCGCUACAAUCUUUGUCUUCGCAUAUGUGCUACUCUCUGGUCUAGUUCCUGUGUCAUGCUGACAUGGCAGGGACUCCGCAUUUGGGGCAGCUUUCUACAUGGCAUCCGGCGCAUCAAGACAAGGAUGAAUGGUGCGAACGCUGAUGCGUACCGGCAAGUCCUUGUGGCUGUCGAGGAACAUUCACAAUCGCAGCCUGGGCACCCAGACCCAAUGUGGCAAUGGCCAGGACAAGGAGAAGGUUGUAGGUGAACUGCAUGGUGCGGCGGGGGUUGGUUGGACAGUGCAGGCUGGAUGAUCGAGAGAGGCUCUCUCUUUAUAUCGCAAAGACACAGCAAGCCCAUCAUUCCAGCUGCUCUGCUGCAGCAUAUCACCGGCGGUCCCACAGCUUGUGUUUCAAUUAACAACACAGCACGGCUCCACGAGCAAUCACGUCCAGUUGGGCGCCCAUCCAAAACACUCUAACGCGCAUGCCUGCUCUCGGAAAGUAUCAGUUCCAUCCGCACUUCCUAGACUGCAUCCAAAGGGAUGAUGAGCCACAGGGACCAUCCAUCCGGUCAAGUCAAUCUCUAUCUUGUCCUUGGCCGUGAAGAUGCGAAUACGCACAGAGACUACAGGACUGGAGCAGCCUGGACAGCCACAACGAUGAUGAGAGACUGAGCUGGAUGAGUCGAUUAGAUGUCUUUCGGUAGACCGGCGCAGUCUGUAUAGAAUGCAA